AUGAGCGCGGGCGCCGGUAAAGCCGGCGGUAUCGGUCCGGACUGGCCAAAUAGCGGGAACGACCGAUACUUUGGUUUAGAGAAUUACGGAAACACAUGUUAUUGCAACUCGGUCGUGCAGGCGCUGUACUUCUGUCGCCCCUUUCGGGAAUGCGUGCAAGGAAUGGAUUUGACCGAGGCCGAUAAGGAGACUCUAUUAUCCGGUCUACAGGAGCUCUUCCUGAAGAUCACAACGCAGAAAAAAAAGACGGGUAUUAUCGGACCACAGCAGUUCAUCACCAUCCUCAAAAGGGAGAACGAGCUUUUCCGAGGCACGAUGCAUCAGGACGCGCACGAAAUGCUGAACUACCUGCUGAACGCGAUCGCGGAGAUAUUGCUGAGGCAUAAGAGGGAGAUGGUGGAAAACUCUACCUCUAAGCGGCAGCAGGUACCCGAAAGCUGGGUGCAUGCCUUGUUUGAGGGCAUCCUGACGAACGAGACAAAGUGUCUCACUUGUGAGACGGUCACCUCUCGGGACGAAACCUUUUUGGACUUGUCGGUAGAUGUUGAGCCCCACUGCUCACUCAGCUACUGUCUCCGCAAUUUCUCGAAAUCGGAAACGCUAUGUCACAAAAACAAGUUUUUCUGUGAUGUCUGCAACAGCCUGCAGGAAGCCGAGAAACGAAUGAUCCUGCGGAAAACGCCCAAUAUCCUAGCCGUGCAUCUCAAGCGCUUCAAAUACCAAGAGCAGCUGCAGAGGUACAUCAAACUGUCAUACCGGGUACCGUUUCCGCUGGAACUUCGGUUGUCGCAUUUCACGGAUGAUGCGGAAAACCCCGAACGACUCUAUCAGCUGUUUGCAGUCAUUGUGCAUAUUGGCGGCGGGCCGCACCAUGGACAUUAUGUGACGCUGGUCAAGAGCUCUGGGCAGUGGCUGCUAUUUGAUGAUGAUGAUGUC